GGGGGAGGAUGAGGAGGUAGCAGGCGCAGGAGUGAGGAGCCAGGAGCUCCGCGAGUGGCAGCACGUCGGCUCCGCCCGCAGCCGCACGGUCGCCGCCAAAGUGGUUCCGUCAGAUCAGCUACCGCCGCCUCCUGCGCGCUGGCUAUGCAGGCCCGCUGCCACCUCGAGCGACGGCGACCCUCGCGACGAGCGCCAGCACCAGUCGGAUCACUGGUCCUCGGGGGAGGAUUCCUUGCACACCGACUACAAGGACUCCGACUACAAGAGCACGGACUAUUACUUGGACCCCUCUCUCUCCCUCCUUCAAACGUCACGUAUUUAACUGUCUCGCAGCAGAUGUGCAUGUUUCCAUACACAACAGUGUAUAUAAGAUGCUGGGCAAGAAUGACCAAUGGGGCCAUCCCUCCUAGUACCCACGUUCGCUCUGAGUGUUUUCGUGCCCCACAUCCUUGCUGGGC